AUGUCAGGUCCCACGAUAUCACGAGCGUUCUCGCGCGCCAGGACACACGCCGUUCCCCGCCAAUUCAACCUCGGCUCUUGUUCGCUACUAGCAUCGUCAAGGACAGCAGCAGCAGCAACAACCCCAACCCCCAAAUUGACAUUCGCACUCCAACAACGGCGCAAUGCCUCGUCCAAACACCCCAAGGGCUUCGAGCCCCCAUCGCCCGCCGACCUCAGCGAAUUGCGCGAGCGCGUGCAAGAAUUCACCCGCCGCGAGCUGACCGAGGAGGUCGCGGCCGCUACGGACAAGAACAACAACUUCCCAGCCGACAUGUGGGCGAAGCUGGGCGAGGCCGGGUUCUUAGGCAUUACCGCCGACGAGGAUGUCGGCGGGUUGGCAAUGGGGUACCAAGCGCAUUGCGUGGUGAUGGAGGAGUUGUCGCGGGCGAGCGGGUCGAUUGCGCUGAGCUACGCUGCGCACUCUCAACUAUGCGUCAACCAACUGCAGCUCAACGGCUCGCCAGCCCAAAAACAAAAGUACCUCCCCGGUCUCAUCGCCGGCACCCAGGUCGGCGCGCUCGCCAUGUCUGAGUCCGGAUCCGGUAGCGACGUCGUCAGCAUGCGCACCCGCGCUACCCCCGUUGACGGCGGCUACCUGCUCAACGGCUCUAAAAUGUGGAUCACCAACGGCCCCGACGCCGACCUCGUCGUGGUCUACGCCAAGACCAUCCCCGGCGGCGGCUCCAAGGGCAUCACGGCCUUCCUAGUCGACACCUCCUCCAAGGGCUUCGCCUGCCUGCGCAAGCUCGACAAAAUGGGCAUGCGCGGCAGCAACACCGGCGAGCUGGUAUUCGAAAACGUCUUCGUCCCCGAGGAAAACAUCCUCGGCAAGCUCAACGGCGGUGCGCGCGUGCUAAUGGAAGGGCUCGACCUCGAGCGCCUGGUGCUCUCCGCCGGCCCGCUGGGCCUGAUGCAGGCCGCGCUAGAUGUCGCGCUCCCCUAUGCGCACACGCGCAAGCAGUUCGGCACGCCCGUCGCGCAGUUCCAGCUCGUCCAGGGCCGCAUGGCCGACAUGUACACCAAGCUGCAGGCGUCACGCGCGUAUACAUAUGCGACGGCGCGCGCCGUCGACGAGCAGGGGGUUAUUCGGACGCAGGACUGCGCCGGGGCGAUUUUGUAUGCUGCGGAACGGGCUACGGAGUGCGCGCUAGAUGCGAUCCAGAUUCUGGGUGGGAUGGGCUAUGUAGAGGAGAUGCCUGCGUCACGCAUCAUGCGGGAUGCGAAGCUUUAUGAGAUUGGGGCUGGUACGUCGGAGGUUCGCCGGAUGGUUAUUGGGCGGGCGUUUAACAAGGAGUAUGCCCACUUGGGGUAG